GCUUCCCGGCAGCCCUGGGAGCGGACCUCUCGACUGCCACUUCCUUGGCGCGUGCGGGUUACAUCCUGACUAAACCUUGCUUCGACUUGGCUGACUUCAAGACAAGGUCUCCUGACCGGAGGAUUUUGUUGUUUCGAAGAUGUUUCCUGCGAUUCCCGACAUCGACGGAACCUUCCAUGGUUCAGUCACUGUGACUAUCCCGCCCGUCCCAUCCGGCAUUGUCCAUCAAUGUUCGUUGGCCGGGAGGGAGGUAUGGGUCCCUACGGCAUCUGAGCUGCAAGUCUUUCACAUCGCCAAGUUCCACUUGUCGGCGGGCUCGGACUUGGAGGUAGCAUCUAUCACACAACGUUGGAGGCGUGAUUUCACAUCAUGGAACCGUCAAGUGGUAUCUUACCGUCAAACUCUUGGGGAGUGGGGAGUUGGAAACAGAAGUAUAAGACGUCCCUUCCAUCCCUCUUUAGCAACUUCAUCUCCAUCACACCAUCACAGGUAUUAAACUCACAAUAUCCACCAACAGGCUUCCGUGGCUUGUAUAACAUCACACUGAUUUCAGUAUUUUACUCUACUGACGUAUUCGUUGCGAAACACCUAUCACUAUCAACUCUCGAUCACAGCAAAACGACACCAUGGGUCUGAUCCUGCAGCGAGCCAACGAGGCACUCGACAUCAAUCCCACCCCAGGGAUUGAGGAGCAACUCAGCGUCAACGGCUCAAAUUGGCUGUGGACUUGUGUAGCCAUCUACUCUGUCUUCUUCCUUGGCGUCUUCGCCCUCUCAUGGAAACCUAGAAGCAACGAAAAGGUCUUCCACUACCUCCUUAGCAUCGCCCUCCUAGUCGGCGCCAUCACAUACUUCUCCAACGCCUCCAACCUCGGCUGGUCCAUCGUGAUCCAGGGCACGACCUCGCGCUCGGGUGCUCCGCGGCAAAUCUUCUUCAACAAGUAUAUCAACUGGGUCGUGGCCUUCCCCAUCGUCAACAUCCUCCUGGGCCUCGUCGCCAACUCGUCCUGGGCCACCAUCGUCUGGCACGUCUUCCUCUCCUGGGUCUGGGUCAUCAGCUACCUCGUCUCGGCCUACACCCCGUCCGUCUACAAGUGGGGCUUCUUCGUCUUCGGCACCGUCGCUUACCUCGUCAUGGCGGCGUCGACUUUUGCCGAGGGCAGCAUCGGGGCGAAGCGCGUGGGUACCCAGGGAGACUACUGGAUCCUCGCCGGGUACUUCAACCUCCUCUGGCUUCUGUACCCGAUCGCGUUUGGUGUCUCCGAGGGCGGCAACACCAUUGGCGUCACGCCUCACUUCAUCUUUUUUGGUGUUCUGGACGUUCUCAUGAUUCCCUGCGGCGCUGUUGUCCUCCUGCUGCUGUCCAGGAAGUGGGACUACAACGCCUUGAACCUCUACUUCACGCAAUACGGCCGCGUUCCCCAGGGUGGACACUUCCCUGAGAAGUCGGCGGCUCCUGCCCCUGCCCCAGCUGCGACCCCUGCUGUCUAAAAUGCCUUUGAGUCUUGGAAACAUUGCGUAUGGUGUCGGAUGACUGAAGCCUCAUCUCGGGAUACAGUUUAUCGACGAUCUGAACAUGACAGGCAAUUUCUGCUUGACGCCAUGCCAUUAUCGGCCUUGAGUAGGCAGUCAACGAGGAAUCAGAAAGAGAAUACGGAAUACAAUCGUUUACACAGGAGCGCCAAAGGGGUAAUCCCUCAUACGAGAAACGCAUAUAAUCCGCAUGGCGUACGGAUAGGAAAUACCCUCACUCGUUUGAUUCCUUCCGCGGAGUUGGAGUAUGUUAACAGAGUUUAUAAUGUAUAAUGCGGUAAUCUGAGCAAAAUUCAUCAGCUGCUAGUACUAGAUAGUCGGGUUGAAUAAUAACGUGAUCUUGAGUCAAUCCUUACUACUCUUCUCUUGAUAGGCC